UCUGAUAUAUAAGUUGCUGAUGAUUGGUAAAAGAAAUCAUUUACAAAAUAACGUAAUUCGAGAUGUUAAAAAUAUUGCUAGGACUUUUUUGUGUCUGUAUAGUAGGAUUGGAAGCAGAAUUCGUCAUUCCUGAAUGUUUAGGUGUAUUUUUCUGUACCGAAAUACCCGACCUUGAAAGACACCUUACAUUUAAGAAUGGAACUUCUGGAAGAAGCGUACACAUAAAUAAAGAUAUUGUGACAGACAUCUGUAGUUAUUUGUUGAGCAUUGCAACAUGUAUAGAUUCCGGUGUUCCUCCAUCGUGUGCAGCUUACACCAAGUUAUAUAGUACCUUCCAGAAUGUUAUCACGGCUGCUUGCCAUAAGAACAUCCAAGAUAUAAUGGAUUUGGUAGAAGGUUUCAAUGAUCUUGGCCCUGAACAAGAAGACUUUAUAAAUUGCAUGGGAAAACAUUUGAGUGAAAAAACUGUCGAUGUAGAUAAGUGCAGUAUUUUACAGAGUAUAAAGACAUGCAAUUAUGAUCACUUCAGCUCUAGGAGUCCUGAUGCUGUGUCCAAUAUUGAGAGUUAUAUAGACCAAUACAACGAUGACAUCUGCUACUUGCGUUCCUUUUUAGACUGAGGAAUAGUAUCAACUUUAUUCGAUUUAAUUCCUGAAUAAAGCAUUUUUGAAUUUAA